AUGGCGACGUCCGCUCGUCCACAGGCUAGACGAGGUCCAUCAGGAGCAUGGAGUAGACUCAAGCCUGGACCAAGCGACCCUCUCGACGUAUAUGGUCUGCCGUCAAAAGGCGAGCCGAGGUAGGAAACGCCCUUAUGACAGCCCGUACGACUAUGCCGCUGAUUCGGCACAAAGAUUACACGACCCGAAAGCCCAAGAGAGCUAUUACAGCAAAAUCGUAGAACGAUACAUGAAGUUCUGCGCCUCUUCCAACGGAGACAAUGGACUCGAAGAAGCUUUCAGCUCCCUAUCGGCCAAAGAGACCGGCCCCCAAAACUUGGAUGGCAGCAGACCAACCAGGCCCCACCGGGCUUCAGAAACAGAUCGUUCAAAUGACCUCCCCAACAUUCUCCUCGCGAUGCGCAAACUCCGCGAAGGAAUCCUCGCCUCGCGAAGACGCGAUUCGUUCGCCCAGAGAGCCUACAUGUUCAUCAUCCACGCCAGCCUCCUCACCCAGUCCUGGGAAUCCUACCAACCAGCUCUCGUCUACCUGCUCCACAACAUCCACCCACACACCCCGCUCUCCGCACCGGAACUCCAGGAGUUCGUUGGAUAUUACAUCCUGGAUCUAGCUUGUCGACAACACAAAUUACUCGAGGCAUACGAGGUGAAGACUGAUUUCAAGCAUCGAGAUCGAAGGGUCGCCGCGACGCUCAAAGCUCUGGUGCAUGAUGAUUGGGUUCGAUUUUGGCGGAUCAAGCGAGCUGUUGACGGGUAUCAGCGCGCCAUUAUGGGCUUCUCAGUGGAGCAAAUGCGUUUGCAUGCAUUGAAAUGCUUGGGUAAAGGUUACAUGAACGCCGACAAAGCCUUUGUGGAGCGAAGCGGAGAUGCGAGAUGGGAAGAUCUGGUGAAGGGUGGUGUGGGUUGGCAGCUGCAGGAAAAUGGCAAUGUGGUGAUAAGGAAGCCGAAAUCGAAAUCCUGA